AUGGCGCCUGCGGUGGAGGAGGAGCGAGCGGACCUGGUCGGUGGGCUGCUGCUUGAGGCAAGGGCGAUGACGGUGCGCGAGCGUGAGGGUCACAAAGAAAGUGACCAGGCCCACCAAUGGCCGCUGCGCGUGCAGAACCUGCGCCUUCCGACUCCCAAGUCACACACCCAUCUGCAAGACAAGGUCUUCGGAUGGCUUGACCAAAGGGAGAAGGACCAGCGCCUGGCCCGAGCAUCGCAGCCGAAGGUGGAGCUGCAGGCACGUCAAACCGUCCCGCCCUCACUCGAUGGCUCUGCUCGCAGCAUCGACAGCCUCAACCUCCUGGCUCGUCAGGGUCGCCUUGGCUUGCUGGAGGUCAACGGCCUCUGCUGCAUCAACACCAGGCCGGGCGUCCCCCCGCCACAGCCGCUCGCGUAUCACAGCUACAUUGCGCUGCCGACCUGGGUCUCAGGAGGAGCGCGCGAUGUUGCCGAGCAGCUGGGUCUGGACUGCCGAAGCGACGGGAGGCCGAUGACGACGGCCAUGUUUUGCGAGGAGCCGAACGGCCAAGGGCUGUUCGAUGUGGCACAUCCGAGCGCUCUCGACCGUGAGGAGUGCAAGAUCGGGCUGCUGCUUCGCAAGCCGUCAAACUGGGAGUGGGUGCUGCACAAGAGGCGACCUGAGGGGGUGUACUCCCCGUCAGCUAAAGCACAGCUGCAGCUCUGCGCCAAUCAGCGCCGUCUGCUUGAGGCAGGCAGGGAGGCUCUGGGCAUGGCGCCGCGCCCGUUCGUGCAGCUCCCCUACGGAGUCGAACCGCGGUCGCACUUUGCCAUCUGGCCUUCGACUUCAAAGCCCACCACUCGCAAUGCCUCGGUUGGGAUGAGUCUUAGCGGCAAACAGCUGCACAUCUCCCCCUUGAGCCGACUUGCACGGACGACUUCUUCUUCUUCUGGCGCCGACUGCCCUGCAACGGCCAAGGCAGCGUCCUGGAUCCGCCAGAAGUGGUUCAAGGCGAGGACCCAAGCAACAAUGUACAAUAUUUGGGUCGGAUUCCGAAAGGAGCAUGAGGAGGCAGGGUACAAAUGGCCGACAAUCCAGCCGCCUACAUACGCCACCACCGCAUAG